AUGUUGUGGUGUGUGGGGCGGGGGCAAGCGGAGCAGAGAAGGGGAGACUGAGGACCUGUGCUGAGCACCGGGGGGAGCGGAGAGGAGGCAGCCGGGCCGGACAGACACCCAAGUUCCCUUUCUCUCUGUGGACCCGAGCCAGGAGCCAGAGCCCGUGGCAACAGGACAGCGGGAGCACAGCGGCGUCACAGGUUGGAAGCUAGUUUUGGGAAGAGACUGGGAACAGGACAUGGAUGGCUGGAGGGCCUUUUUCCUCUGCCUGUGCCUCAUGACUACUCACAGUGAAACAGUGGCAGACUUCAAAGAACUCAUGCAUUUGAUGGAGCAAAUGGAGACGACCCAGAACCACAGUGUGACUGAGCUUGUGUGCUCUCUCCUCCUCAGGCUCAUCCGGACCCUGGAGGACAGCCUGUUGAACACCAGCUUCGAGGGCAAGAACCUUACCCUGAAGACGCACAGCAUCCAGACGCUGGUCUUCAAGCUGAGCUGUAACUUCCCCGGCCUCACAUUGAGCAGUGCAGCUCUGGAGCAGGCCUCCCAGGUCAGAGGGGGCCAGGAGAUGGAGAGCAGCCAGGGCCCCCAUCCAGAACUUCUCCAGGGGCUUCAGGCCUUGGUCCCGCACUCCAUGCAGUUCCCGGCUGAGCUGACCCGGGGGACCUGCAGGAAACGCCAGAAGGCCCUGCCCCUGCGCCUCAUCUGUGUUUACUUCUCCACGGACUACUUUUUCCAGAACAACAACUCAUCUCUGCUCAAUAACUAUGUCCUGGGGGCCCAGUUGAGUUCCGGACACGUGAAGAACCUCAGGGAGCCAGUCAACAUCAGCUUCUGGCACAACCGGAGCCUGGAAGGCUACACAGUGACCUGUGUCUUUUGGAAGGAAGAAGCCAGCAAGGGUCACUGGGGGUUCUGGAGCCCCGAGGGCUGUCGCACAGAGCAGCCCUCUCCUUCCCUGGUGCUCUGCCGCUGCAACCACCUCACCUACUUUGCUGUUCUCAUGCAACUCUCCUCGGCCCCGGUCCCCUCAGAGCUGCUGGCCCCUCUUACGUACAUCUCCGUGGUGGGCUGCAGCAUCUCCAUCGUGGCCUCGCUUCUCAGUAUCCUGCUGCAUCUCCAAACCAGGAAGCAGGGUGACUCCAUAACACACAUCCACAUGAACCUGCAUGCAUCUGUGCUUCUCCUGAACGUCGCCUUCCUGCUGAGCCCCAUGCUGCCCAUGCCCGGGCCGGCAUGCACAGCACUGGGCGCCAUCCUGCACUUUGCACUGCUCAGCUGCCUCACCUGGAUGGCCAUCGAAGGCUUCAACCUCUACCUCCUCCUCGUGCGUGUCUACAACAUCUACAUCCACCGAUACAUGCUCAAGCUCUGUGUGGUGGGUUGGGGGGUCCCGGCCCUCCUGGUGCUGCUGCUCCUCGUUGUCCAGAGCUCAGUGUAUGGACCCCACACAAUCCCAGUCUUCGACAGCCAGGGAAAUGGCACGGGCUUCCAGAACAGUUCCAUAUGCUGGGUGAGGAGCCCCUGGGUGCACAACAUCUUGGUCAUGGGCUAUGGUGGCCUCACGUCCCUUUUCAACCUGGUGGUGCUGGCUUGGGCGCUGCGGGCCGUGCGCAGGCUGCGGGCGCAGGAGAAGGCGCAGGGCCCCCGAGCCUGCCGGGACAGCGUCACCGUGCUGGGCCUCACCGUGCUACUGGGCACCACCUGGGCCUUGGCUUUCUUCUCUUUUGACGUUUUCCUGCUGCCCCAGCUCUUCCUCUUCACCAUCUUCAACUCGCUGUUUCUUCCUCUUCCUGUGGUUCUUCUUCAAGAGGUGCCGCUCCAAGGCAAAAGUGGAGGCAGAGAUGGAGGCAUUCAGCUCCUCCCAAACUAUGGAUGCACACCAGGGGACGCUGUUGGCCUGCACUCAGAAGCCAUUGGCUCUAUCUGGAAAUGUCACCUGUCUGUGGACCUGACACACGAGAUGGAGAGGUCCUGCUUCCAGACUGCUCCUGCUGAGGGACCGAAGAAAGAAUUCUCACACUGUUUACACGGCCAUUUCUCUCUUUUCUCAGUGCAGCUGCCGGCUCUGGCUCUUUGGGGUGUAGUACUCUGGGCAUACCUGUCACUAGAGCGGUGGGUGGGGGAGGCUCUCGGCCCUGCCCCAAGCCACUAGACAGGUAAUGAUGACUUGGGAUGGCGCAGUGAGGGAAUGGGAGCUGAAUCCCUUUUCUCCCAGGGGUUUUUUCCGCCCUCUGUUCAUUUCUUGGUGCAAAUAGCCCUCCCUGGCUGGUGGGUGCUAUGGUCUCUAGAGCCAGACUGCCUGGGCUCAGAUGGCUCUGCCACUUGCUAGCUAUGUGAUUGUGGACAAGCCACUCAAGCUCUCUGUGCCUCGGUUUUCUUAUCUGUAAAAUAGGGGCGGUAGUGGUGCUUAUUUUGAAGAUGAAAAGAAUCCAUAUAAAGAGGCUUAGCGCAUAGUAAGUGCUCAAUAAAUGGUUAUCACUGGUGUCA